AUCACUGGAUCUCUCCAGAAGUCUGUAAUGUUGUCCUUCAGUUCUUACUCUGCCUGCGCAGCAGCUCCUCUCAUCUCCCGAUAAUGAUUAUUAGGACACUUUCUCCAUUCAUUGUCCUCUUUGUUGUCUGCUGUUACGCAGAGGAGGUGAGGAGUAAAAGUAAAGUUUGUGCGAAUGUGUUCUGUGGAGCUGGAAGAGAAUGCGCUGUCACCGAGAAAGGAGAACCAACAUGUCUGUGUGUCGAGCAAUGUAAACCCCAUAAGCGUCCAGUCUGCGGAAGUAAUGGGAAGACAUACCAUAAUCACUGUGACCUGCAUCGUGAUGCCUGUCUCACUGGACUCAAAGUUCAGGUGGCCCAUGAUGGACAUUGUGAAGAGAAAAAAAUGGAAAAGAUCACCAACAGCCCAAUUGUUUGUUACCUUACGGACCGCAAUGAGUUGAGGAGUCAUGUGAUUGAAUGGUUGCAGUCUGAGGUGUCGCCUGACGGCUGGUUUUCUAAAGGAUCCAACUUCUCAGAUGUCCUGCUCAAAUACUUCCAGAAGUAUGAUAAUGGAGACACUCAGUUGGAUUCAACAGAGUUCCUGAAGUUCAUUCAGCAUAAUGAGACCGCAAUAAAUGUCACCUCUCCUUAUGCUGAGGAGGAGAACAACCGCCUGCUCAGGAGUCUUUGUGUUGAUGCCCUCAUUGAGCUGUCUGAUGAGAAUGCUGACUGGAAACUGAGCUUUGAUGAGUUCCUCAACUGCCUCAGGCCUGGAUUCAACCCUCCAGAGAGGAAGUGCGCCUUAGAAGAUGAGACGUACGAGGAUGGUGCCGAGACUCAGGUGGAAUGUAACCGCUGUGUUUGUGCCUGCGGGAACUGGGUUUGCACUGCUGUUAUUUGUGAUGGUACAAAUAAGUUACAUGAUCUUGAGGAAAUGCAGGGAAAUGAUCAGGAAAUGACAGAAGAGGAGUGGAUUCAGACAGUGGACAAACUUAAUAAACAUCAGGAAACUGCCGAGAAGAUGAAAGUGGCAACUAAUAAGGUUUGAGGAGUAGUCGAAGAGGAAUAAUGAACAUUUGUCAAGAUUUCAGCUUCAAUCAACCUGUGUUUGAAAGAAAAGAGAAAGUUUAAUAUUUUUUCAUAGUUUUCAUAGCUGUGUUCUGUUAUAUUAUUUGUUAUAGUUUUUAUGGGGGGUUAAAAAAACCUUUUUGUAACCUUUCACUAUACUUUUAAUGUUUCUAGGCAGGGGUUCAUAUUUCACAUUAAAGUUAACAGAAAAUAUGAAAUUAUGUUUUGUAUAAAGACCAGGAUCAACAAGAUUUUUGAAUGUAUGAUGAGUAAAAUUAUACCCCUCCAAUUCUGAUUAUUGUAAUAUUACAAAUAUCUCAUGUACAGUGUAGAAUUGCGUUUUAAAUAGGCCUAGUAUGUUUUGGACAUUGUCAGCAUGAAUUCCUUUUAUAUUGUGAUUGAGUCGUUCACUUUUGAAAAAACUUUUGCUGAUAAUUUACUCACCCCCAUGACAUCCAAGAUGGCCAUGUCUUUCUGUC